CUGGGAAGGAAUCGAGCGCAGGCUCAAGUUGAUCUGCGGUUUUUCGAACCUUCAUGUAAUACCAUCUCAGCAAACAUGGCGGACGAGGAAGGGGAAUCGUCGUUAGAACUCGCCUUUCAAAGGCACAAAAAAGAGGCGAAAGAACUUCAAGCCAAAAUCCAGUCGUUGAAACAUUCUGUUCCAAAGGGUGACAAAAAGAAGAAAAAGGAAGUUGCUUUAGAGAUUGCAAAGCUGGAGGAAGAAUUAACUAACAGGCAAAAGAAAGAACUUGAAGUAUUGAAAAAUGACUUGACAAGAGAAAAUAGUCAAGGACAAGAUGUUACCAAGGAGAUAGAAGCAAUGUCUCUAAAUGCAGAUAACAGUGAAUCACAAUCAAAACUUUCAAAGGCUCAGAAAAGAAGGGACAAAAAGGCUGCUAAAGAAAGGGAAAGAGAAGAAAGAAUUGCUGAAGCUGAACUGGAAAAUGUGCACAGUGCACGCAAUGUGGAAGCUGAGAAACUCAAAGAAAUCUUAGCGUCUAAAUGUUUAUCCAUAAAAGAGAUCUCUCCAGAUGGAAAUUGCUUGUAUAAUGCUGUUGCUGAUCAGCUGUCCAGAAGAAAUCAACAGACUGAGAUGCAAACAUUAAGAAAACUUGCAGCAGAUUACAUACUGAACCAUCAAGAUGACUUUCUGCCAUUCUUAACAGAUGCAAAAACGGGUCAGUUGUACACACCAGAUCAGUUCGUUCAAUAUUGUGAAGAAAUCGCCAGCACGACCACAUGGGGAGGACAUCUGGAGAUCCAGGCUUUGUCUCAAGCUCUGAAGAUGCCAAUAGAGGUUUACCAAGCUCACGCUCCUGUUUUAAGAAUAGGAGAGGAAUAUGAAUCACAACCAAUUUCGCUCUCGUACCAUCACCAUGCAUAUGGUCUUGGAGAACACUAUAACUCAGUCAUCCCUGCUGAAGAAUGCUUUGAAAGCUAGCACAACUAACCCUCACUUUAAUACACACGGACUAAAAAAGAUUAUCUUCAAACGCAUGUAAUAGAUGUGAUUGUAAUAUAGCACCUAUAAGUUCACAAGUCUGUACAAUAAAAGAAACUACAAUAGUUAUA